UAUUCAUACCAUGUCCACAUCAUUAAUAUUCAUUUCUUGAAACGAAAGGAAAGCAAUAGACACAAGAAAUGGCCGAAACUACCCGGUUAGAACGGGAUUUGGUUUCAGCGGCGUUUAGUUUACUCACACUGUUCGGCGGCAUCGGGAAUAUUCUGGUGAUCUUCGUGAUCGUUCGCAGCAGGCGGCUUCGCACGAGGUUGAAUCUGUUCAUCGUGAACAUUGCCGUGAGUGACCUCAUCUUCACCGCGCUGUACGGGCCGGUGUCGGCGGUGUCCGCGGCGCAGUCGGGCGGGCUGAGGGACCACGCUAUUUGCGUGGUGACGGGGAUCGUCGGGCUGCUGAGCUGCUAUGAGUCGGUGCUGUCCGCGGUGCUGAUCGCUGUGAGCCGCUGCGUUCGCAUCACCAGGAGUCACCGAUACGACGUGCUCUUCUCACGUAAAAGGUGCGUGCUGCUUGUGUCAGUCUCCUGGUUGGUGGCCUUCCUCCUCACGAGUCCGCUGCUGGCCGGCUUCGGCAAGCCUGGAUUCAACCCGAUCCUUCUGACCUGCGACUACGACAUCGUGGAAUCCUUCGGCUACAUCGUCAGCAUCAUUCUACCAGUUGCCAUUCUCUGUAACGUUAUCAUUAUCAUUUCCUACAUCCUCAUCUACCGUAAAGUCAAAGCAUCGACAACCCGUGUCCGUGGGAACAGCAACAGGGCGAACGAGAACAAAAUCCCGCCGAUGGUUCUGAGCCAGAUCAAAAACAUGGCAGUGAUAUAUAUCGCGUUCAACAUCUGCGUCACGCCAGAGGUUCUGAUGGAUAUCAUCACAUACGAGACCGGGGACAGCCUGCGAGUGUUGAACUUUGUGACCAGGGUCAUCUUCACGUGUAAUUCGUGCGUGAAUCCUAUUAUUUACACUGCUGGGAACAAGGAAUUCCGGAAAGAGCUCAGGUCGUUGUGGGAGUGCGUGUUUCAGGGGAUUCAGAAACAGGAACAGAACCGCGUGGAAAAAUUCAACAUGAACACGCUGAGUCUGGAACAGGGUACAGGACAGAGGUUUGCUUCGCGCAAUUCCAAUGUAGAGGAAACUCCUCUGUAAACACAGCGUGCAGAUUUGCAACAUUGUUAAUCUCCAAACAGAUCCCAUUCGGUGGCAAGACAGUAUC